AGCGCCGAGCUAGCAAGUGGCUAACUGAACGCCUACGCUAGUUCUGUGUGUAUCGUAACUACUGUUUUUGUUCUCACCCCUCGUUUGUUGUUCUUUGCGUAAGAUGGUUGUUUUGACAAAUAAUAAUGAGGAACAGGAUAUUAUCCUGAUAGAGGAGGGCAAAUGCACCUCUCUGCCCAACUCCCCAGCCAAACGUGUGUCUCCAACCAAGAAGAAACAGUUCUUCAUCAACCAGGCCGUACGCAACUCUGACCUCACACCAAGAGCCAAAGGCAAAAAGAGCCAAAGGCGGCAGGAGAACAGUCGCUACCUUGCCAAUCUACUUGAAAAAGAUGAGUGCUCCAAAGACGAGGCAGAGGUAUGCAGUGACCCUGCCCUCCCUUCCAUCUUUACUGAGGCCUGCACCAAUGGCAACUACGUGGAGCAAUGGAAUGACUUCAUGAAUCGCUCUGGAGAGGAGCAGGAGAAGCUUCUGGCCCUUCUGGAAGAGGAGGCCAAGAGGAGCAACUCCAACAAGCUCCCCAAGGACCAAAGAGAGGCCUUCACUGCUCAAGACUACUUCCAGAGGAUUGAUCGAAGGCUGCGUGCUACGCUGAAACGCAAACAAAUUCCCAUUGGGACACUUGAGGUACUUGAAGAGAACCUUCUCAGUUUCUUUGGCGCUCAGCCUCACUCUGUUUACACCACCAACCUUGGAAGCAGCUUUGAGAGGCUACUGCUUCAUGCCGUCUGCCAGUACAUGGACCUUGUUUCAGCAAGCUCAGACUGUAACGGUGCUCGUCAGACUGAUGUCAUGAACAAACAGGAGGGCUUGUUCCAGCCUCCCAGCCCCAUGCUCUCUGCCUACCUGGAGCACAUGAGCUGAGAGACGGUCACACCGCUGGACAGAUGGGCCUGGUUCCAUUUCACUCCCUAGCCCCAUAAGUGCAGACUUGAAAGGUACAGAUAGGCAUAAGUUAGUGUGUGUAUAUAGGAGUACUCAAAUCCGAUCCUGGAAGUCCGAGUACUGCUGGUUUGAUGUCACUGAUUAGCCAGAGAUUCCACUCAACUGGUGUCAAAAAUCUGAAUCCGUCCAUGAUUUGUUGGAAUGAAAAUCAGCAGUGUUGCUAAUAUGGAUGUCCACAUUUAAGUAAGUUGUGUUGACUACCUAGUCCACUCAAGUGCUUUGUGGAUGUCAUAUUGCUCUUAACUAUCCAAUCCAAUUUUCAUCUAUCUGUCAACUUAAAAUUGAUGGCCACCAGGGUAAGGGGGCAGAGAUCAGAAUAAAACUGGGCAAGAGAGGGAGUAUGCAGUUCACCUACUGUAUUUGUACUGAUUAUUUAAUUAGCCACUUUGAAUUGAAAAAAAACCCGCUUUAGUGGUUAGUGGACCAGGCUUAAAACCCUUGGACCUUUUCAUGCAACUUGAGAGUGCAGAAAUAGCGUGAUCGGAAACUAUUCUAUAGCACAGAACUCAUCACUAUGAUCAUUUAUCAAUGUAUACGGCUUUAGAGGUAUAUCUAUGGUUUUUGUUACUUGUACUGGU